AUGGACGGAUCGUUCCAACUCAUUUAUGAGGCUUCGACCAUGGUCAUUCGGCAGAGUGCUGCAGGAGCUUUGGAUCUCAGUCACACUAUGGUCCCUCUCGGCAGGGUGAGCGAAAUUGGACCUGCUGGUUCGGAUCAAUAUCUUCGACGGGCACCCAACAGUCAUGGCAUCGAUGCAGAGGCUGACAGCGUUAAUUCAGACGACUUCGAGAUGAACACUACAGCUAAGUCCAGCGGGGCACACCUGACCUACUUACGUGACAUCAUUGUUGGUAUCAACGUCACCGGAGGGAAAUCCGAAAUCAAACUGGGGGCUAACUCGACAGUUUCUCCCGGGGUUCCUCCACGAUCGCAAUUGGACGUGUGUCGCACCGGUGUUCUGGAGAUUGACGCUCGAAGCGCCUGA